GCACACGCUGUGUUUUUCUCCUCACAGCUGCAGAGAAGAAGCUUCGCACACCAGUCGCUUCCUACUCACGUUUUUGUUGCAUAAUUAAAGAUUAUUUCGCGUAUUUAACUUCGUAUUUAACUCCAGCUCUACGGUUUUUUACAGCCCGCGAUGUCAGGAAUACCCCCGGACUCCUGGCAGCCGCCGACGGUUUCGCUUGAGACCACGAUGGGCACAAUCGUGGUGGAACUGUAUUGGAGGCAUGCACCUAAAACCUGCAAGAACUUUGCAGAACUAGGCAGAAGAGGAUAUUACAACAAUACCAAGUUUCAUCGCAUCAUAAAGGACUUCAUGGUGCAGGGCGGUGACCCAACAGGAACAGGUCGUGGUGGUGCAUCUAUUUAUGGAAAACAGUUUGAAGAUGAACUUCACCCAGAGCUGAAAUUCACAGGUGCUGGAAUCCUUGCGAUGGCUAACGCAGGCCCAGACACUAACGGCAGUCAGUUCUUUCUGACCUUGGGUCCCACACAGUGGCUUGAUGGCAAGCACAGCAUAUUUGGGCGAGUUUACCAGGGCAUUGGUGUACUCAAUCGAAUUGGCAUGGUAGAGACCAACAGUCAAGAUCGGCCUGCUGAUGAUAUAAAGAUACUCAGAGUGAAUCUACCCAACUGAAAUGUUUUUUCCUCAAGUUUUCUUAUUUUGUACAGUCUUUUCUAACAAUAAACACACAGUUUUUAAA